AUACUUACAUUCAUUACUGACAAACCUUGAAAAAAAAUAUCCUGCUGUCUAUUAUUACCUUCUCAACCUCUCCUUCUCCCUCUCCCUCUCUUCCCCCCUACAAAUCCGUUCUCCUUUCCGUUUCUCCCCAUCCAAACACCUCCGCCUCUGCUGCGGAAUCUCUGAUCUCCGAUUCACAAUGAGAGAAAUCCUUCACGUUCAAGGAGGCCAAUGCGGCAACCAAAUCGGCUCCAAGUUUUGGGAGGUCAUCUGCGACGAGCACGGUGUUGAUCCCACCGGACGGUACCGGGGUGACGGCUCCUCAGAUCUUCAAUUGGAGCGCAUCAAUGUUUACUACAAUGAGGCCUCUGGUGGCAGGUACGUGCCCAGGGCUGUUCUUAUGGAUCUGGAACCUGGUACCAUGGAUAGCAUCAGAUCGGGUCCCUAUGGCCAGAUCUUCAGGCCCGAUAACUUUGUGUUCGGUCAGUCUGGCGCUGGAAACAACUGGGCGAAAGGACACUACACCGAGGGAGCGGAGCUGAUUGAUACCGUUCUUGAUGUUGUUCGUAAGGAGGCCGAGAAUUGUGAUUGUUUGCAAGGCUUUCAAGUAUGCCACUCACUUGGAGGAGGCACAGGCUCUGGUAUGGGAACUCUUCUGAUAUCAAAGAUUAGAGAGGAAUACCCAGACAGGAUGAUGAUGACAUUCUCCGUUUUCCCUUCACCAAAGGUUUCUGACACGGUCGUGGAGCCUUAUAAUGCCACUCUCUCUGUGCACCAAUUGGUUGAGAAUGCAGACGAAUGCAUGGUUCUUGACAAUGAAGCACUUUAUGACAUUUGCUUUCGUACUCUAAAGCUCAGCACUCCAAGCUUUGGAGACUUGAAUCACUUGAUAUCUGCAACUAUGAGUGGCGUAACAUGCUGCCUCAGGUUCCCUGGUCAGCUGAACUCUGACCUUCGGAAGUUGGCUGUGAACCUUAUUCCAUUCCCCCGUCUCCACUUCUUCAUGGUGGGAUUUGCCCCCCUCACCUCUCGUGGCUCCCAGCAGUAUAUCUCCCUCACUGUCCCAGAGCUAACUCAGCAGAUGUGGGAUGCCAAGAACAUGAUGUGUGCUGCUGAUCCCCGCCACGGCCGCUACCUGACAGCCUCGGCAAUGUUCCGUGGAAAGAUGAGCACCAAAGAGGUGGAUGAACAGAUGAUCAAUGUCCAGAACAAGAAUUCUUCAUACUUUGUAGAAUGGAUUCCUAACAAUGUGAAGUCCAGUGUUUGUGACAUUCCACCGAGGGGUCUGAAAAUGGCAUCUACUUUUGUGGGGAACUCUACGUCAAUUCAAGAGAUGUUCAGGAGGGUGAGCGAGCAGUUCACAGCCAUGUUCCGCCGCAAGGCCUUCUUGCACUGGUAUACCGGAGAAGGGAUGGAUGAGAUGGAGUUCACAGAGGCAGAGAGCAAUAUGAAUGACCUGGUGGCAGAGUACCAGCAAUACCAAGAUGCGACUGUGGAGGAUGAGGGCGAGUACGAGGAGGAGGGUGCUGAGGAGAGCUAUGAUACCUGAAAUGAUUGUGGGGAAAUAUCAUAGAACUGGAAUGGUUUGAUUGGAUCAAUUUUACCUGUCAUCUAGUAUAUUUUAUCAUUUUAUGACCAUCGGUAUUAUUCCUAUUGUUGUCGACUCGUCUUUUAUGUGUUGUUCAAUUGUUUGUACACCUACAAAAUAACCUCUCUGGCAUUUUAUUGCUCUUCUGCAUUUAACGUGUAUUCAAACAUUCUCUUGCUGAAUGGGAGCAAGACUGGUAUUUGUAGAAGGAAUGUAAAAAUGGAAAAAUGCUUGCGGCUUUUCAGGU